ACAAACUGAAAGAAACAAUCAGGAAGCUGUGAUGAAGAGUGAGUUGGGAUGGCUGCUCUGGAUUAGAUGGGCAAGGAAGGCCUAGCUGAGCUGACUUAAACUGAACCCUGAAGGAGAAGGAGUAUUCCAGGCAAAAGUAACAAGCGAAAAAGCCCUGAAGCAAAAGGCUCCUUGGGAUGUAUGUGGAAGCCAAGGGAGGCCCAUGGGGCUGGAACUUAGGAGUCAAGUGGGAGUGGGGCAAGAAACAAAGUCCUGAGGUAGGAGAAGGUGCAAGAGCCUGAUACUGCAGAGUUGCCGGUAAGCUGCUUUGGACACAGUAUUUUGAUUUUGAGGGCCAGAGGCAGCCAGAUUCACCCUCAUGCGAGGGAGUAAUGUCUCACAUACACCUUUAAAGACUUCUGCUACUCAGCAAAGUCAAGGCCACGGUAGUUACCUCAUGAGAGGUAAUGGCAGCCUGGAAUAGGAUGAAGAGAAGUUGUGAGCCCUGAUCAGUAUUUCGCGAGUGGAGCCAACAAGGUGGAGCUGGGAGCGAGGAGACCACGGAGAGGCGCAUCAGUGUGGGCUGAGAGGGAGCAGCUGCAGGGAGAGUUGGUGGGGGUCGGACCGACUUGACGUCCGUCGGAGGAGGGAGCCUAGGCCACAAGAGUCUAGAAUUAAGGGAGACCCGUGAGCCACAGCCGGUUGUGAGGGCGAAAGCCCCAGAAGUUCAGGGAGGGUUGCUACCUGCCGUCUGGCGGUUCUGGGCGCUGCGCCGGCGGCCGCCAGGGGCUGCCCAGGCAGCACUGCGCAGGCGCCGAGCUAACCGUUUCCAUGGCGGCGAGGACCCACGCGCCCCAACCGCUCCACAACGGUCCGGUCCCGGAUUUCGGCCCCGCGGGAGACAGUGGUCCGCAAGCGUGUCAGCGCCUCAAUCUCAGCUCCAGCUACUUCCCGCAGUCAGCGGGACCCCGCCUUCUUGCUCUCUGUUCUUGGCGCCGACAUGUGCGACCUGGAGCUGCUGCUGCCCGGGGAGGCUGACGUGUUGGUGCGGGGACUGCGCAGCUUCCAGCUGCGCGAGAUGGGCUCCCAAGGGUGGAACCAGCAGCAUGAGAAUCUGGAGAAGCUGAAUAUGCAGGCCAUUCUUGAUGCCACAGCCAGCCAGGGCGAGCCCAUCCAGGAGCUGCUGGUCACUCAUGGGAAGAUCCCGACACUGGUAGAGGAGCUGAUUGCGGUGGAGAUGUGGAAGCAGAAAGUGUUCCCUGUGCUGUGCAGGCUGGAGGACUUUAAGCCCCAGAACACAUUUCCCAUAUACAUGGUGAUACAUCAUGAGGCCUCCAUCAUCAACCUCUUGGAGACAGUAUUCUUCCACAAGGAAGUGUGUGAGUCAGCAGAAGACACCGUCUUGGACUUGGUGGACUACUGCCAUCGUAAACUGACUCUGUUGGUGGCCCAGAGUGGCCAUGGUGGCCCUUCUGAGGAGGAGGAAUCCCAAUACAGCACCCCUAUGCAGGAGCUGCAGAAGCAGGCAGAGCUGAUGGAAUUUGAGAUUGCACUGAAAGCCCUCUCAGUGCUGCGCUACAUCACAGACUGCAUGGACAGCCUUUCCCUGAGCACCUUGAGCCGCAUGCUCAGCACCCACAACCUGCCGUGUCUCCUGGUGGAACUGCUGGAGCACAGUCCCUGGAGUCGGCGGGAAAGAGGCAAGCUGCAGCAAUUUGAGGGUGGCCGUUGGCAGACAGUGGUCCCUUCAGAACAGCAAAAGCUGAGCAAAUUGGAUGGGCAGGUGUGGAUUGCCCUGUACAAUCUGCUGCUAAGUCCUGAGGCCCGGGCUCGCUACUGCCUCACAAGCUUCGCCAAGGGACAGUUACUCAAGCUUCGGGCCUUCCUCACAGACACACUGCUUGACCAGCUGCCCAACCUGGCAGACCUGCAGGGUUUCCUGGCCCACCUGGCUCUGGUGGAAGCCCAGUCUCCUAAAAAGGACCUGGUGUUGGAACAGAUGCCAGAAAUCUGGGAGCGGCUAGAGCGAGAGAACAGAGGCAAGUGGCAGGCUAUUGCCAAGCAUCAGCUGCGGCAUGUAUUCAGCCCCUCAGAGCAGGAACUGCGGCUGCAGGCACGAAGGUGGGCUGAGACCUACAGACUGGAUGUACUAGAGGCUGUGGCUCCAGAGCGGCCCCGCUGUGCCUACUGCAGUGCAGAGGCCUCCAAGCGCUGCUCACGAUGCCAGAAUGAGUGGUAUUGCUGCAGGGAGUGCCAAGUCAAGCACUGGGAGAAGCAUGGAAAGGCUUGUGUCCUGGCAGCCCAGGGUGACAGAGCCAAGUGACGGCUGCAGCUGCUGAGGGCCAACCACCCAUGCUAUACAACCUACUAGAGUGUGCCCUGAACCUCUGGAUCUCAGCCUGGCCUCUGCAAGCGCCCCAGUCUCCCAGGUGGUGAACACAGCAGGCGGGUAGAGCUGCUGACCCAUCUUCCCCAGCAAAGCACUCCCCGCUUCCUGCCCCACCCGGCGGGUAGGCUUAGGACGCAGCCUCAGCAAGCUAGGGCAGGCGGCCUGGGCAGGGGGCGAGGGCCGAGGGCCGGAUGUGGGGACCCUCUUCCUCUAGUACAGUAAAGUAAAGCUGGCUUCCAGAAACA